AUGAAAGAUAAGGCUCAUCGUCCUAUCCAAAUGAUGCUCACUCAAGGUAAUUUGACGAAGCUAAUUAAGAUAUUCAUUGGAAUACUAGCUAUCACUUCAAUCUAUUCAAUUAUAUCCACAUUCAAAUACAAUAAUGUCGAUCAAUCAAUGGUUGAUGAAUUCAAAGCAUUUUUCCAUCAUGAACAGGAUGAACAACAAUAUGAUAAUGAUGCAGACUUAAAUCAUCAAGAAAUAGAUCAACAAUUCUUGGACGAAAUGGAUCGAGAAAUUACCAAAUGUCCAGAUUAUGUUAAAUAUUCUGGCAAGAAACAUCCACCAUUCUCGCCAAGAUUCAAUUAUCCCUAUAUGAGACCAGCACCAAAAUGUAGAACAUUCACUAGUGAUGCAGUAGAAAUAUUAAUUAAUGACUUAAAAGAAAAAGCGAUAAACCGUGAUUUGGCAAGAUUGAUUGAAAAUUGCUUGCCAAACACUUUGGAUACUACAAUAUUAUGGCAUAAACAUCAACAAGACGAUUCUCCACCAGAAUCAUUUGUGGUUACAGGAGACAUCCAUGCCGAAUGGUUACGUGAUGCAGCUAGACAAUUAUCAGUUUAUCAACCUUUAAUCAAACAUGACCCGAAACUAAAAGAAUUAAUAUUGGGUGCAAUCAACACCCAAGCGAAAUAUGUCAUCACCGCACCAUAUUGUAACGCAUUCCAUCCUCCCCCUGAUUCAGGCGUGAAAAAAGCCGGAUCGACAAAAGAUAAAGUGUUUCCUAAACCAGAUUGGAAAUAUGUGUUUGAAUGUAAGUAUGAGAUUGAUUCCCUUGCGUCAUUCCUUACCCUCACCAACGAAUAUUAUGAAAACUCCGGGGGAGAUUUACUGUUUUUAACCGAUACUUGGUUAAAAGCUUAUGAAAAAGUCUUGAUUGUUCUAGUUCGAGAAUCAGUACCCACAUUUGACGAACUCACAGGAAAAGUAAUGCCAUUCCAUUAUACGUUCCAACGAGAGACCAAUAUCGGAUCCGAAACCUUGGCAUUAGCAGGAUUGGGUAAUCCUGUCAAUUUCGGCACCGGGCUCAUUCGAAGUAUGUUUCGUCCUCUGGAUGAUGCUACGAUUUUACAAUUCUUCAUACCGGGGAAUAUUCAUAUGUUAACCGAACUUAAAAAAAUCCGACAUAAUUUCCUAAAUUCAAACCUCCCACCCGAACUUGAUCUUCUGUUGGCAAUUGAAAAAACCGAUGAAUUUAUCCAAUCGAUAUCGGAAGGAAUUGAAAAAUAUGCCAUUGUGAAACAUCCUCAUUAUGGACAAGUAUUUGCGUAUGAAGUUGACGGAUAUGGAGGUGCGAUAUUCAUGGAUGAUGCCAAUAUCCCAUCCUUACUCUCAAUGCCUGAAACGGGGUUUGUGUCAACCAAUGACAAAAUCUAUCAGAAUACUCGAAAGAUGAUUCUUGAAAAACAAGGAAAUCCAUACUAUCUCCAAGGUAUAUAUUUCGAAGGCAUCGGUGGACCCCAUAUUGGAAUCCUGCAUGCUUGGCCCAUGUCAUUAUUAGUCAGGAUUAGAACUUCGGAAGAUGAUAAUGAAAUCAGGGCCAGUUUGAAAUUGUUGAUGGAAACAACUGGAGGAUUGGGAUUAAUGCAUGAGAGUGUCCAUGUGAAUUCAAGGGGUGGGAGAGAUUUUACGAGAAGUUGGUUUGCUUGGUGUAAUUCGGAAUUCGGGAAGACCAUUUUAUAUUUGGCGAAACAUAAACCGCAUUUAAUAUUUAAGGAGGAGUUUGCCAAGCUGGCAUAUGUUAUAGAUGAUUUGUUUAAGAAGAAGUAG